CGCGCUGGCGGCACUUCCAAUAUGGCGGCGGCCGGGGCGGAGGUGGCGCGCAGCCCGGGAAUCGGAGCGGGACCUGCGCUGAGAGCCCGGCGCUCGCCCCCGCCGCGGGCCGCACGGCUGCCGCGGCUGCUAGUGCUGCUAGCGGCGGCGGCGGUGGGGCAGGGCGCGGGCGGUGCGGCGCGGCUGUACCGCGCGGGCGAGGACGCCGUGUGGGUGCUGGACAGCGGCAGCGUGCGCGGGGCCACCGCCAACAGCUCGGCCGCGUGGCUCGUGCAGUUCUACUCGUCGUGGUGUGGCCACUGCAUCGGCUACGCGCCCACCUGGCGGGCCCUGGCCGGGGAUGUGCGAGACUGGGCCAGCGCCAUCCGCGUCGCAGCUCUGGACUGCAUGGAAGAGAAGAACCAGGCCGUAUGCCAUGACUAUGACAUCCACUUCUACCCCACCUUCCGGUACUUUAAAGCAUUUACAAAGGAGUUUACAACUGGAGAAAAUUUUAAAGGACCUGACCGAGAGCUGCGAACAGUCAGACAGACGAUGAUUGACUUUCUGCAGAACCACACGGAAGGAAGCCGGCCCCCUGCCUGCCCGCCCCUGGACCCCAUUCAGCCCAGUGAUGUUCUUUCCCUUCUUGACAACCGUGGCAGCCGUUACGUGGCUAUUGUCUUUGAAAGCAACAGCUCCUACCUUGGACGGGAGGUGAUCUUAGACCUGAUCCCGUAUGAAAGCAUCGUGGUGACCCGAGCGCUGGACGGGGACAAAGCAUUUCUGGAGAAACUUGGUGUUUCUUCAGUCCCUUCGUGUUACCUGAUCUACCCAAAUGGGUCGCAUGGAUUGAUUAACGUCGUGAAGCCUCUGCGGACCUUCUUUUCCUCUUAUUUGAAGUCGUUGCCGGAUGUGAGGAAGAAAUCGCUUCCCUUGCCUGAAAAGCCAAACAAAGAAGAAAAUUCAGAAAUCGUGGUUUGGAGAGAAUUUGACAAGUCGAAGCUGUACACGGUGGACCUGGAAUCAGGGCUGCACUACCUCCUGCGAGUGGAGCUGGCAGCCCACAAGUCCCUGGCCGGAGCAGAGCUGAAGACGCUCAAGGACUUUGUGACUGUCUUGGCCAAGCUGUUCCCUGGACGGCUGCCAGUCAAGAAGCUGUUGGAGAUGCUGCAGGAAUGGCUGGCCAGCCUUCCCCUGGACAGGAUCCCCUACAACGCCGUGCUCGACCUGGUCAACAACAAGAUGCGGAUUUCUGGAAUAUUCCUUACUAAUCACAUAAAGUGGGUUGGAUGUCAAGGAAGCCGAUCUGAGUUGAGGGGUUACCCGUGUUCUCUCUGGAAACUGUUCCACACUUUGACUAUUGAAGCCUCGACCCACCCAGAUGCACUGGUUGGCACAGGCUUUGAAGACGACCCCCAGGCUGUGCUGCAGACGAUGAGGAGGUACAUUCGCACCUUCUUUGGGUGUAAGGAAUGUGGUGAGCACUUUGAGGAAAUGGCUAAAGAAUCCAUGGACUCGGUGAAAACCCCAGACCAAGCCAUCCUCUGGCUGUGGAAGAAGCAUAAUGUGGUGAACGGCCGCCUGGCAGGCCAUCUGAGUGAGGAUCCCCGGUUUCCAAAGCUUCAGUGGCCCACUCCGGACCUCUGCCCAGCCUGCCAUGAGGAAAUUAAGGGCCUGGCCAGCUGGGAUGAAGGCCACGUGCUCACAUUCUUGAAGCAGCACUACGGCCGCGACAACCUCUUAGACACGUAUUCUGCAGACCAGGGGGAUUCCAGUGAAGGAGGAACCCUGGCCAGGGGUGAGGAAGAGGAGAAAAGACUCACUCCCCCAGAGGUGUCCCAUGGAGACCGAGACACCCAGAGCGUCCGUCCACCCGCUGCACUGGGCCCCAGGCCUGCCCUUCCAGAGAGCUUGCAUCACAGCUUGGACGGGAAACUCCAGAGUCUGGAUGGGCCCGGGGCCCACAAGGAGAUGGGCGGGACCGCACCCUUCCUCGGGGUUGACUUCUCCAGCCUGGACAUGAGUCUCUGUGUCGUGCUGUACGUGGCCUCAUCCCUGUUCCUCAUGGUGAUGUACUUCUUCUUCCGGGUGAGGUCCAGGCGGUGGAAGGUCAAGCACCACCACCCAGCCGUGUGAGUGCCCGGGUGCUGCCAGCCACGGCGGAAGCUCCCUCGGAGGCAGCCCUGCCCCAUGCCACCUGCAGCUUUAAUAUUUAUGAUCAGGGAUUUUAUAAACAUGCGGGCCUGGUUUCACAUCGCAUGGCACCUUUUGGCUUCAAAGUCCUGGUUUUACAAACGCUCUUCUAACAAGGGAAGAACAUGGGGUAAUUUUGUGGGGAUAUUUGCAUUCCUGGCGUACUCAAGUCUGUUCGUGCUCCUUUUGCAGGUCUUACAGCAAAAAGACUUCUGUAUUUUUACUCUUCUAGAUGUGAAAAGAGGGUGCAGAGUCCAGGCCAGAUAGUAUUCCCCACACACUUUCAUCUCGUUUCCUGGACUCUGCCCCAUCCUGCAAGGCCUUGUUUUUUUAUUUGGAGAACCGCGCCCCCCGCGGCUCCCGGCUCCACUCCGUGAUCCCCACUCCCCCCAGUGGCCUUCCUUGCACUCUCUAUUCCCCUCACUCCUCCUCCCCCCGCACCCCCUCCCCCUCCCCCCGCACCCCCUCCCCCUCCCCCCACACCCCCUCCCCCCACACCCCCGCUCCCCCUCCCCCUGCACCCCCUCCCCUCCCCCCACUCCCCCUCCCCCUCCACCCGCACCCCCGCUCCCCCUGCACCCUCACUCCCCCUCCCCCCACACCUCCGCUCCCCCUGCACCCUCACUCCCCCUCCCCCCGCACCCCCACUCCCCCUGCACCCUCAUUCCCCCUCCCCCCGCACCCCCGCUCCCCCUGCACCCUCACUCCCCCUCCCCCCGCACCCCCGCUCCCCCUGCACCCUUACUCCCCCUCCCCCCGCACCCCCGCUCCCCCUGCACCCUCGCUCCCCUUCCCCCCGCACCCCCGCUCCCCCUACACCCUCACUCCCCCUCCCCCCGCACCCCCGCUCCCCCACGCCCCCUGCUCCAGGCUGCCAAGUGUUUUCCUUUAGCCGGGCGGAGACAGAGCAGAGCCGGACAGAGCCGGACAGAGCCAGAAGCACAGUCAGCCUCUGCAGCCCCCCCAAGCAAGUGCUCCAGGGACUAUCCUGUGCUUGCAGCUGCUUCCCUAGGGCAGGUUCCUGAGGGUUCUCCGUGCUCCUCCAGGUGUUUCACACCAGACGUGGGGAUUUCAACAGGGGAGGAGCCAAGGAAUCUGUGGCUGUGCUGCGUUUCAGAAAUAACCCCCAGAGGCCUCGGGCUGUGGACUUGGGGUUUGGAAGGAUGGGGGCUCAUUUAACCCUCAGAGGCAGCACCUUUGUCUAUCUGGUGAUGAGAGAGACAAGUAAAUGGGGGCCAUUGGGCUGGCGGGUCACUGGAGGGCAGCUGUGGGCUCAGCCGGCAGUGCUUAGAGCAGAGGCCCCUGUGUUGGGGGUUGGGGAGGAGAGCGGUCUGCCCUUGGGAGCAUGGGCCCCGGGGAGACUUCUAAAGCCCCCUCUGUCGUCUGCUCUGCACCCAACACCACAGAGGCACCUGCCACACACAUAAGCAUCUCACUCUGGGCCCAUGGAGGGGCAGGGGUGGCAGGGGCCUGCGCCAGGCUUCCUUUGCCUGAAGCUGUUUUGGGAAGGGUCUCCACACAGGCACUGAUCUCCCAAGCUUUAGUCAUGAUUUCUUUUACCAUUUAAUAAUCUUAAACAUUGUUUUUAAGCCCAAAACAUUUAGUGGUCAGUUGCCUCUGAAGAUUUAAACAAACAAAUACACAAUUUCAGGGAACAUUUAUGUUGAGAUUCUUUGUGGCUAUUGGUGUGUCUCACAGGCAAAAUUUGAUUUGGUUAAAAUAGGUUCAGAUGUAUUUGUGUGCCCGUGUGUGUGUGUGUGUGAGAGAGAGAAAGAGACUUUGACAGUUGUAGAUAUUUUUUCCGCUUUGCCUACUUUAUGUUGUAUACUCAUUUGUUUACUAACGAGUUGAUCACAUGGAUGUAUUCAUAAGACCAUGUAGUAUUGAUGUGAUCGUUGCCGCUUGAGAAAAAAAGGCAACAACUGAUUCCUUAAACAACUGUCACAGAACGGCUGGGCUGAGAACACUGCCCAGGGCCCUGCAGCUGGCGGGAGAGGUGUCUGGUGGGAGCGGUGUCUGGUGCCUCGGCCUCCUGCUUCAUGUCUCUCACUCAAGAGUUGCUUCUGGUUUCACACUUUUUAACCCCUCUGUGCUUUAGCAGCCGUGACCUUGCCUUCAUUGCUUCAUCCAGUGCGGGCCUGGGUUAUUGAAGACACCAAAGUAUUUCUCUUUCAGUUUGAAAACCAGGCAGGUUUACACAUGGGUUUCAGUGUGUUUGCCUUUGAACCCUUCAAACUAAACUUCAGCCUUUUGGCUGGUGUUGAAUGUCUUUAGCUGGGGUGACCUGGAGUGACCUGGGACGGUGUGGUUUACCGUCUCCAGCUUCAGCCUUUCCAGAAACCCUUGUGGAGGGCAGUGUUGGCGGCAGAUUUCAUCAUAUUGCAGUUUGAGGUCACCACUAUUUGGGGAACAAGCUUGCGUCCUGCUGAGGGGCAGGAUUUUCAGCAGAGCGUCAGUGGUGGGGCUGGGCCAUCGUGGAGGUGCCCGCAGGAGUCGUAUGGCCUGCUCAGAGCUGGAUGCCACCUUUAGGCAAUGUUCAGAGUCUAUUUUCUAAAGUUUUAAGUAUUUUAAGAGGUAUUGAGACUAAUGAAUAUAAUAGUUCAGUAAUUUAAAUUCUUAUUUAUUUUCAGUGGAAGGAUUUUUAUUAAAAAGAAGCUAAUUGACAUGGAAAUGUUAGUGAAAUUUCUUACCUGCAGGGAAAGUGAACAUUUUGUAUUUAAGUAAACUAUAAUGUGCACAUUUUAAUAAAGAAAUCUGACAUUUGAAAAAA